UUCGCUUUUUGUCUCGAGCUCUCUCUGACGGCCGAGAGAGAGACGCAAAGAGAGAUCUUUGAGAGAAUGGCGGUAAUGGCGGUGUGCGUGAAGUGGAUCUCUGUGCUGGUGAUUGGUUUCUUUGUGGUUGCGGCCAUGAGCUUUGCGUUGAUGGGGAACCACUGGCCCUCGAUUUCUGCAAGGGAUGGUGGAGGAGGAGGAGGAGGAGGAGUAGCGCGGAGGAGCUUGAGAGAAACCCCUGGGACCGACGACAUCACCGCCAUGGCUGUGAGCCGGAAUGAAACAGAGGCGGUAGUGGGCGCGGUCGACGAUCCGGAAAUGAUUGUCUCUAUGGUGCACAUGAGCAUUAACAACAGCACUGCUCGCCGGUCACUCGGGUACCUCUCCUGCGGCACAGGCAACCCCAUUGAUGACUGCUGGCGCUGUGACUCACAAUGGCAUCUCAACCGCAAGAGGCUAGCCGACUGUGGCAUUGGCUUCGGCCGCAACGCCGUGGGCGGCCGGGAUGGCCGCUACUACGUCGUCACUGACCCCGGUGAUGACGAUCCAGUGAACCCUCGGCCGGGAACUCUCCGCUACGCCGUCAUCCAAGACGAACCACUCUGGAUCACCUUCAAGCGCGACAUGGUCAUUACUCUCAAGCAAGAGCUCAUAAUGAACAGCUUCAAAACCAUUGAUGGUCGCGGGGCCGCCGUACACAUUGCCAACGGCGCCUGCAUAACCAUUCAGUUUGUCACCAAUAUCAUCAUCCACGGUCUCCACAUCCAUGACUGCAAACCCACUGGGAAUGCCAUGGUCCGCAGCUCCCCUUCUCAUUACGGCUGGAGAACCAUGGCCGAUGGUGAUGCUGUUUCCAUCUUUGGUUCUAGCCACAUUUGGGUGGACCACAACUCUCUGUCUAACUGCGCAGAUGGUCUGGUUGAUGCUGUCCUGGGUUCCACUGCAAUCACCAUCUCCAACAAUUACUUCACUCAUCACAAUGAGGUGAUGCUUUUGGGCCACAGUGAUUCAUACACGAGGGACAAGUCCAUGCAAGUCACCAUUGCUUUCAACCAUUUUGGAGAAGGUCUCAUCCAGAGAAUGCCAAGGUGCAGGCAUGGGUACUUCCAUGUAGUGAACAAUGACUACACACACUGGGAGAUGUACGCAAUCGGUGGCAGCGCAGACCCAACCAUCAACAGCCAGGGCAACCGUUACCUCGCACCAGCUAACCCCUUUGCCAAGGAGGUGACCAAGAGGGUAGAGACAGCUGAGUCCCAAUGGAAAGGCUGGAACUGGAGAUCAGAAGGUGAUCUGAUGCUGAAUGGCGCUUACUUCACCCCAUCAGGAGCUGGAGCUGCAUCAAGCUACUCAAGGGCUUCCAGCCUUGGCGCCAAAUCUUCAUCCAUGGUUGGUUCCAUUACCUCCGGAGCUGGUGCCCUCUCCUGCCACACAGGCACUGAGUGCUAGCCCUAGCUCAAAAAAGAACACUCUACUUCAAGACCGUGUGACCCAUAUUUUACAAAACCCUGUCACACAGGUCAGUUACCUAAGAUUUUCUCAACCUCCGCAGGCUUUUACUAUAUAUUUUUCAGUGGCUACGGAAGCGUUGUUCUCCCAUAGUUGUUACUUCUUCUUCUUCCCUUCUUUUUAUUAUCACAUCAUGUCUUCUUGUCUUCUUGUCUUCUUUCUUGUCAUUCUUGCUGUGCUAGCUCACUGUGUUUACCAAAAGAAAAACAGCAGAUGGUUCAUUGAAAUCAAUUUAAAUUUGUAAAAAUGUGUCCAAAACUGCAGGUUGGUUGAUUGAAAUGAAAAUAUGAUAUCCAAUUAA